ACCAAUCUCGGCAACGCUUAUCAAGGACUAGGGAAGUUUCAAACAGCUAUCAAGUACCAUCAGCGUCAACUAGAAAUUGCUAAAGAAUCGGGAGAUAAGACCAAAGAGGGAAGAAACUAUUGCAAUCUCGGCAACGCUUAUGGCAAUCUAGGACAGUUCAAAACAGCCAUCCAGUACCAUCAACGUGAUCUAGAAAUUGCUAAAGAAGUGGGAGACAAGGCCGGAGAGGGCAGAAGUUAUGGCAAUCUCGGCAACGCUUAUUGCAGUCUAGGACAGUUCAAAACAGCCAUCCAGUACCAUCAACGUCAUCUAGAAAUUGCUAAAGAGGUGGGAGAGAAGGACGGAGAGGGCGGAAGUUAUUGCAAUCUCGGCAACGCUUAUUGCAGUCUAGGACAGUUCAAAACAGCCAUCCACUACCAUCAACGUGAUCUAGAAAUUGCUAAAGAAAUGGGAGACAAGGCCAGAGAAGGCAGAGCUUAUUGCAAUCUCGGCAACGCUUAUAAAGGUCUAGGAAAGUUCAAAACAGCCAUCCAGUACUAUCAACGUCAUCUAGAAACUGCUAAAGAAAUGGGAGACAAGACCGGAGAGGGAAUCAGUUAUGGCAAUUUCGGUAACGCUUAUAGCAGUCUAGGACAGUUCAAAACAGCCAUCCAGUACCAUCAACGUCAUCUAGAAAUUGCUAAAGAAGUGGGAGACAAGGCCGAAGAGGGAAUCAGUAAUGGCAAUCUCGGCAAUGCUUAUCGCAGUCUAGGACAGUUCAAAACAGUCAUCCAGUACCAUCAACGUCAUCUAGAGAUUGCUAAAGAAGUGGGAGACAAGGCCGAAGAGGGCAGAAGUUAUUGCAAUCUCGGCAACGCUUAUAAAGGUCUAGGACAGUUCAAAACAGCCAUCCAGUACCAUCAACGUGAUCUAGAAAUUGCUAAAGAAGUGGGAGACAAGGCCGGAGAGUGCAGAAGUUAUUGCAAUCUCGGCAAUGCUUAUCAAGGUCUAGGACAGUUCAAAACAGCCAUCCAGUACCAUCAACGUGAUCUAGAAAUUGCUAAAGAAGUGGGAGACAAGGCUGGAGAGGGCAGAAGUUAUGGCAAUCUCGGCAACACUUAUGGCAGUCUAGGACAGUUCGAAACAGCCAUCCAGUACCAUCAACGUCAUCUAGAAAUUGCUAAAGAAGUGGGAGACAAGGUAGGAGAGGGCAGAAGUUAUGGCAAUCUCGGCAACGCUUAUCAAGGUCAAGGACAGUUCAAAACAGCCAUCCAGUACCAUCAACGUCAUUUAGAAAUUGCUAAAGAGGUGGAAGACAAGGCCGGAGAGGGCAGAAGUUAUGGCCAUCUCGGCAACGCUUAUCAAGGUCUAGGACAGUUCAAAACAGCCAUGCAGUACCAUCAACGUAAUCUGGUAAUUGCUAAAGAAGUGGGAGACAAGGCCGGAGAGGGUAGAAGUUAUGGCAGUCUCGGCAACGCUUAUCAAGGUCUAGGAAAGUUCAAAACAGCCAUCCAGUACCAUCAACAUCAUCUAGAAAUUGCUAAAGAUGUGGGAGACAAGGCCGGAGAGGGAAUCAGUUAUAGCAAUCUCGGCAACGCUUAUGACAGGCUAGGACAGUUCAAAACAGCCAUCCACUACCAUCAACGUGAUCUAGAAAUUGCUAAAGAAGUGGGAAACAAGGCCGGAGAGGGCGGAAGUUAUUGCAAUCUCGGCAACGCCUAUCAAGGUCUAGGACAGUUCAAAACGGCCAUGCAGUACUAUCAACGUCAUCUAGAAAUAGCUAAAGAAGUGAGAGACAAGGCCGGAGAAGGCAGAAGUUAUGGUAAUCUCGGCAACGCUUAUCACAGUCUAGGACAGUUCAAAACAGCCAUCAAGUACCAUCAACGUGAUCUAGAAAUUGCUAAAGAAGUGGGAGACAAGGCUGGAGAGGGAAUCAGUUAUGGCAAUCUCGGCAACGCUUAUCGCAGUCUAGGACAGUUCAAAACAGCCAUCCAGUACCAUCAACGUAAUCUAGAAAUAGCAAAAGAAGUGGGAGACAAGGCCGGAGAGGGCAGAAGUUAUGGCAAUCUCGGCAACGCUUAUCGCAGUCUAGGACUGUUCAAAACAGCCAUCAAGUACCAUCAACGUCAUCUAGAAAUUGCUAAAGAAGUGGGAGACAAGGCCGGAGAGGGAAUCAGUUAUGGCAAUCUCGGCAACGCUUAUGGCAGUCUAGGACAGUUCAAAACAGUCAUCCAGUACCAUCAACGUCAUCUAGAAAUUGCUAAAGAGGUGGGAGACAAGGCCGGAGAGGGAACAGGCUAUGGAAAUCUCGGCAACGCUUAUUGCAGUCUAGGACAGUUCAAAACAGCCAUGCAGUACCAUCAACAUCAUCUAGAAAUUGCUAAAGAGGUGGGAGACAAGGCUGGAGAGGGCAGAAGUUAUAGCAAUCUCGGCAACGCUUAUAAAGGUCUAGGACUGUUCAAAACAGCCAUCCAGUACCAUCAACGUGAUCUAGAAAUUGCUAAAGAGGUUGGAGACAAGGCCGGAGAGGGCAGAAGUUAUGGCCAUCUCGGCAACGCUUAUCAAGGUCUAGGACAGUUCAAAACAGCCAUCAAGUACCAUCAACGUGAUCUAGAAAUUGCUAAAGAAGUGGAAGACAAGGCCGGAGAGGGCAGAAGUUAUUGCAAUCUCGGCAACGCUUAUUGCAGUCUAGGACAGUUCAAAACAGCCAUCCAGUACCAUCAACGUCAUCUAGAAAUUGCUAAAGAAGUGGGAGAAAAGGCCGGAGAGGGCGGAAGUUAUUGCAAUCUCGGUAACGCUUAUCAAGGUCUAGGACAGUUCAAAACAGCCAUCCAGUACCAUCAACGUGAUCUAGAAAUUGCUAAAGAGGUGGGAGACAAGGCCGGAGAGGGCAGAAGUUAUUGCAAUCUCGGCAAUGCUUAUUUCAGUCUAGGACAGUUCAAAACAGCCAUCCAGUACCAUCAAAGUCAUCUAGAAAUUUCUAAAGAAGUGGGAGACAAGGCCGGAGAGGGCAGAAGUUAUUGCAAUGUCGGCAACGCUUAUCAAGGUCUAGGACAGUUCAAAACAGCCAUGCAGUACCAUCAACGUCAUCUAGAAAUUGUUAAAGAAGUGGGAGACAAGGCCGGAGAGGGCAAAAGUUAUGGCAGUCUCGGCAACGCUUAUUGCAGUCUACGACAGUUCAAAACAGCCAUCCAGUACCAUCAACGUCAUCUAGAAAUUGCUAAAGAGGUGGGAGACAAGGCCGGAGAGGGAACCAGUUAUGGCAAUCUCGGCAUCGCUUAUGGCAGUCUAAGACAGUUCGAAACAGCCAUCCAGUACUUUCAACGUAAUUUAGAAAUUGUUAAAGAAGUGGGAGACAAGGCCGGAGAGGGAAUCAGUUAUAGCAAUCUCGGCAACGCCUAUCGCCAUCUAGGACAGUUCAAAACAGCAAUCGAGUACCAUCAACCUGGUCUAGAAAUUGCAAAAGAAGUGGGAGACAGGACUGCAGAGGCGUGCUCACUCUGGUCCCUUGGAAACAGUUUUGAGUGCCAAGGAAAUCUUAUGAGAGCCUUUGACUGUUAUUAUUCGAGUGUAGAAUUGUAUGAUGAUAUCAGGGCCAGUCUUCAACUCAACGAUCAGUGGAAGAUUUCUUAUCGUAAUCAGCACCAAGUAGCAUACAAAGGUUUGUGGCGUAUAAAUGUCAGUCGAGGUCAAGUUGUGAAGGCUCUUCUUGCCACAGAGAAAGGACGUGCUCAAGCUCUGAGAGAUCUCAUGGUCACAAGAUAUCAGCCUGGAGAUUCUUCAACGCCCAGCGCAUCCCGCAUUUCUCUGAGGUGGGUUCCACUGAGCACAGUUUUCAUAGCUAUUAAUGGACCAUGCAUUUACUUCUGGGCUUGCCUCAGUGAAAAUAAUAUCCAGAUGAGAGAAGUACACGUGAACAAUUACAAGUAUGAGAAUGAGUUGAAAUUUUUCAUCCAGCUACUGAACAGAACUGCUCUUAAGGAGAUUGGCGCAAGAGAUACUGUUACCAUCGAAAGUCCUCCGCUAGACUCGCGGACAGAAGAGGAAAUGGCCAAUGAUGUGAUCCGAGUUGAUGUCAGGCACUCCCAAUCAAGUGCUUUAAAGAAGCUGCAUAACAUCAUCGUUACUCCUAUUGCUGACCUGAUCGAAGGCAACGACGAGAUCACAUUCGUUCCUGAGGGGCCAUUUUGCCUUGUACCUUAUGCAGCGUUGCAAGACUCCAACUCAUCAUAUCUAAGUGAUUCUUUCAGAAUUCGUGUGCUUCCCUCUCUGACCACCUUGCAACUAAUUCAUGAUUGUCCAGCUGACUUUCACAUGAAGACUGGUGCAUUGCUUGUCGGCGACCCAUGUUUCAAACAUCUCAUCUAUGAGGAAACACUUUUGGUGCAACUUCCAGGAGCAAAGAAAGAAGUGGAGAUGAUCGGACGUAUUCUCAAUGUCUCCCCUCUCACUAGAGAAAUGGCAACAAAAGAUGAAGUGUUAAAACGAAUAUCAUCAGUGGCCUUAGUUCAUAUAGCAGCGCACGGCAAAAUGGAAACUGGAGAAGUUAUCCUGGCACCAAACGCCACUAGAGAAAACCCUCAGCCGCAAGAGAAAGACUAUCUACUGACGAUGAAAGAUGUGAUAGAAGCUGGGUUGCGAGCACGUUUGGUUGUACUUAGCUGCUGUCACACUGCUCGUGGGGAGGUCAUGGCCGAGGGUGUGGUCGGUAUGGCGCGUGCACUUUUGGGUGCCGGUGCCAGAUCUGUUGUGGUAACCUUGUGGGCGAUUGGUGACGAGGGAACCCUGGAGUUCAUGAGUUUCUUCUACGAUGCACUUGCCAAAGGCAAGAAGGCCAGUGAAGCUCUCAAUCAGGCCAUGAAGUGUAUGAGAGAUAUUGAAAAGUUUAAGGAGGUUUGGCACUGGGCACCAUUUGUACUCAUUGGUGACGACGUCAACCUGGAUUUCAAGGAGAUUUAA